UUCCUACUUGGAGGAAUUGUUAAUACAAAACCAAACAGGAAACGCAGCGUUUUCCUUCAUUUGUUUUAGUUUUCUUUUUAAUUAUUCUACAAUUAAACAUUUCGCCUGAGAGGCAGAUAUCCAACGUUAGCAGCUAAUAUUAGUUUUACCGAACGUCUGUUGUUGGAGAAUUUCUGGAUAGUUUAUUUAGGUGAAUGCCACUGGGACCUCCCUCAUCAAGAAAAUGGAGUUUGCUAUCCAGCACACCUGGGACAGCAGCCCUGUGGAUCAUGAUCCAAUCAGGAUUUCCUUCUCUGAUGGGAAAUCUGGGAUGCGAAUGGAGGUGUCUGGAACAUUUUUCAACGACCCAGCAGCUCCUCCAGGUGAACCCGGUAUCGCUUUCCCUGGACUUUGGAAUUAUGAAGUUGUGGAGUCCUUCUUCCUUGACAGCACAAAAGAAAAUUACUUGGAGGUGGAGCUUUGUCCACACGGACAACAUGUAAUACUACUACUGUCAGGAGUUGGUCAGGCGUUUUAUCAACAACUGCCAGUUGAAUUCACUACCACAAUAUCUGGGGACAGAUGGACUGGCGAGGCUGUUAUCCCCUGGACAUACUUCCCUCCCAAUGUCAACAAGAUGAACUCGUAUGCUAUUCAUGGCUCAGGAGAGGCACGUACAUAUGAGGCUCUCUACCCCAUCCCUAAAGCCGACAUCAUGGAAGGCCAACAGCCAAAUUUCCAUCGCCUGGAGUAUUUCCAGAAUUUCCGCCUGCAGAGUAUUAUGGGAGAGGACUGGAUCCAGCCAGAAUCGGAUCUGUGGAAGGGAAAAGCCUGAGGUUUUGCUAAAAAAUGCUACCUUUCUCUGUUUUUCUUUUUGCAGAAACAAAUUAUUAAUCAAAUCAUUGAUUUGACAAAAUGGCAAAAAAAUUUCUAACAGAUCAAAAGGCACAUUUUCUUUAAUAAUAUAAAACGGUUAAUGAUUCCUCUGCUGCUGUUUAGAGAACAUGUGCCAACAAUCAUACACAGAGAUUAUGUAUGUGUUAACCUAAGGAUGGGUUUUGCUUCAUCAGUUCUCAUGUAUAAAUAUGUUGUAAUUUUUUUAUAAGAAAAAAUAAAUAAAUUCCUCUUUAUUCUAA